AUUACAUUCAAGGGGGUUUUACUCAUUAGAAGUGGAUGGUUUUUUCGAAGAAUCCAUAUUUGAGAUGAUACAUAAAUAGUGGAGCAGCUUGAGCUUCCAUACUUUAAUUUGUCACUACCUCUUAUUCACUUCCCGCCACUGUCAAUUAACCUUACUCAUUGUUGCACCUUUAUCUCCAAUGUUAUUUAUUUAUUUAUUUAUUUAUUAAUAUAAAUUUAUGGUUACAUGUGGGACAAAGAGUUAUAUAGAGUAUGCUCAAUACAACUACUUUAGAUGUCUUCAUGUCAAGAUUUUGAAUACUUGUGUUAUAUUUAGGCAUGUUUUGGGAGUUUUCCUACCAACUAACAGAUUUCACCUCCAUAUUCCAAAUAUGUAUUUACAAUAUCAAUGACCCCAUUGGGUUGGCCACAAAACUACAACAUGGCAUCUGCAUCCAAUUUGGGAUAAUUUAUCUUGUUACAGUACUGCAGAAUUUGUUAGUUGAUAGAUUCCUCCAUAUGUUAAAUGUGGCCCCCCUGCUUUAGUCCUAAACAUUGCUGAUGUUCAAUCUUUCCAUCAUCUUCUUAAUAAGGUUUUUCUAUUUCUUCAUUUUGCUAUCAGGCUGUGAGAAUUCUUGCAAAAAGUCCCACAUUUGCUAGAAAUCCAAGGCACAUUCAAUUUGGGGCUGAUAUAAAUCGCCUCUUUCUUUACACCAGCUAUAAUCAUUUAGGAAGGAAUGCUGAUGAAUCAGAUGCAGAGGCGAUCAUUGAUAUGGCCGGUAAGGCCUCCCUUGCUGAUCAAUAGAAACAGGUUCAAGAAAACAUUCAUUCUCAAAUUAAAACCUUCUGUGCAUCAAUGGAUGAAAUUCUUCUUCCUGAUUCAAAGAGCAUAAAUGGAUCAUCUGAAUCAAUUUCACAAAGGAAUACUGCUGUGACCCAUAGUGGCCUUGGCCUUGCUGUUGGAAGGAUGAGCCCACAAAAUAAAAGUCCUGCUGUACCUGAUGCAAAACCGUUAAAACCUGCUGAGUGGUCUCAGAGUCUAAAGAAUCUCAUAGGCUACACUCUUGAGCUCAAACCAUCUCAAAUUCCGCAUAAGGACGUUGGCCAAGGUUUAUUCAUAGAUGGUCAAGCCGAUGUUGGUACUGUAAUAGCAUUCUACCCUAGAAUAAUUUACUCUCCAUCUUACAACCGUUAUAUUCCUGGAUAUCCAAUAGUUGAUACACACAACCCGUACUUGAUCACAAGGUACGACGGAACUGUUAUCAAUGCACCGCCUUGGGGUGUUGGGGGUGAAAUCGGUGAAGUGUGGGACUUGUCGAGUGUUAUUAAAUCUAGGCCAAAUGUGAAAGAUGAUGCUAAUAAUAAAGGUUCUGACCAAAUUUGGAAGACGCUCAAUAAACCUUUGCAAGCCACACGAGGGGCCAGUAGUGGCGAUGUGUUGAAGCGGAGAAACCCACUAGCUUUUGCCCAUUUUGUGAACCACCCUGCAAAAGAGAUGGUCCCAAAUGUAAUGGUUUGCCCUUACGAUUUUCCGUUAACUGAGAAGGAUAUGAGAACCAAUAUACCAAACAUAAAGUUUGGAAGUGGAGAGGAAGCGAAGAUGAAGAGGUUUGGAAGUUUUUGGUUUAAAUCUUGGGGAUCUAGCAGCAGUGAAUCUGAUGUUCUGGUUCUUAAGGCUCUUGUCCUUGUGGCCACUAGGCCAUUUUGUCAUGAAGAGGUGCUCUUGAACUACAGGUUAAGCAACUCCAAGCGGCGACAAUCCUGGUAUACUUCAAUAGAUGUGGAAAAGGAUUGGAGAAAGUGGAGGUGAAUUAGAGAAUUGGGUAUUGAAGCAACUUCUUGUUGUUCUUUUUUUAUUUUUAUUUUGAAUUCAGGUUUACAACCAUAUGCCAUUGUGGCAUUACAUGAUCAUUUCUUUAGUAGCUGUCUCACUUGAGUUUCUUUGUUCCUUGGAUUUUUUCCUCUCUUUUUGGAUGUCAUUAUAAAGCUUUUUUACAAUUUUACCUUUUUGAUUGUAACCUAACAAUGAAGUGGACUAUGCUGAAAUCAUCAUGUUGACAUUCUCUCUCUCUCUCUCUCUCUCUCUCUCACACACACACACACACACACACACGGCAUGGUGAAAAUAUUAUCAGGCCAAAUUUAUAAGUGGAAGCAUGUUCUGAAUUAUGGUUGCUUGUAAUUUGAAGCAUAUUUCCUAGAAGUAAACUCAAAGUAACAUAUUUAUCGCAUAUAUUGGUUGAUUUUAAAAGGCUGAGUGUUAUGAUCCCACAUCCCUUAAGAGUU